AUGGCUUGGGAUCAUUUGUCUAUAAACAAGCCGCAUUUGGUAUACAUCAUUCUCGGCGGCUUCACCAGCAUUUUCAUGCUAUGCUCCCUCUUUAUUAAGGAGAAACUGUACAUUGGAGAAGCUACGGUGGCGACCAUAUGUGGUGUCAUCUUCGGACCUCAUGCCGCCAAUCUAAUUAACCCCUUGACCUGGGGCAAUACCGAUCAAAUCACGCUCGAGUUCUCUCGCAUAGUACUCGUGGUACAAUGCUUUGCCGUCGGCGUCGAGUUGCCAAAAGCCUACAUGGAACGACACUGGAAAUCGGUUGUCUUCCUACUCGUCCCAGUCAUGACUUUUGGCUGGCUCAUCACCAGCCUCUUCAUAUGGUGGAUGAUUGAACCUCUGACUUGGUUGGAGGCGCUGGUUUGUGCUGCUUGCGUCACAGCCACUGAUCCUGUCUUGGCCUCUUCAGUUGUCGGAAAGGGAAAGUUCGCCAAGCGUGUUCCGAAACAUCUUCGAGAUUUGUUAUCCGCUGAAUCCGGUUGCAACGAUGGCAUGGCUUUUCCAUUCAUAUAUUUGUCUCUAUAUCUCCUGAGAUAUGACCUUGGUGCCAAAGAGGUGGUGUAUCACUGGGUGUGCUUCACCAUUCUGUACGAAUGUAUAUUUGGUGCAUUUUUCGGCGUCAUGAUCGGCUAUAUUGGUCGCCAUGCCAUCAAAUGGGCAGAACGAAAAGGCUUGAUCGAUCGUGAAAGCUUCCUCGUGUUCUAUUUUGUCCUGGCUUUGUUUUGUGCAGGUUCCGGCAGUCUGCUUGGCAUGGACGACCUCCUCAUAGGCUUCGCCGCCGGAGUUGGUUUCUCCAAUGAUGGAUGGUUCACUGAAAAGACAGAGGAGUCUCAUGUUUCCAAUGUUAUUGACUUGCUCAUCAACUUGGCUUACUUUGUCUACUUCGGUACCAUAAUUCCCUGGGAUCAAUUCAACGCACCCGAACAUGGGAUGGUCCCCUGGAGGCUGGUCGUUAUUGCGGUAUUUGUCAUUUUCUUCCGACGCAUCCCGGUCAUGUUGGCAUUGAAGCCCUUUAUACCGGAUGUCAGGAAUUGGCGAGAAGCUUUGUUUGCUGGUCAUUUUGGACCCAUCGGAGUCGGUGCGAUCUUCGUCGCCAUUCUUGCUCGUGCGGAGCUUGAAACAGAUUCGACUGAGCCACUGGCCGUCCUCCCAGAACCGGGUUCAAAGGAUUAUGACUUGAUCUACUUGGUCUGGCCGAUAACAACAUUUCUCGUCAUCUCGUCAAUUCUCGUUCAUGGGUCGUCCAUCGCCGUGUUCACAUUGGGAAAGCGUAUCAACACUCUGACCAUUACACUUUCCUAUACCCAAGACAACGAAAAGGGUUCCGCUUGGAUGAACCGAUUGCCAAGGAUAAGCUCACAGUCGAGGUCAAUGUCACGCAUGUCUGUCGAAUCCGAUGUCGACGAAAAAUUGGACGUCCCGCCCGGCGAGUUGCCUCCUAUUGGUAUUCCAAAGCUACACCUCCGCCGCCAACGUGAGGAUGAGUACGAAAAUAAACCAGCACCACGCUCGUCGAGUCAUGGACGGGCUCGCAGACGCCGUAGACGCGACAAGGAGUCUGAUAUCCGUCUUGGUGGACCCAUCAGUCAGAGCGCGAUCGCACCGGCGAGACGGUCUGAACCAGCUCUUUCGACACAAGAAUCGGGUUCUGACACUUUAUUCGAGAAGUCUGAAGAACCAUCGCCAGAAUCUCGUCAAGACCGACUGGGUGAUUCCUCAACCUCAUCACCUGGCCCCGAGGAGACGGACGCUGAUCGUGAUCGGAAACGAGGUUCACGACGCAGACGGAGAUCAGAAUCCUCAUUGCCCGAUGGUCAGGAUGUUGAUAUCGAGGCGUACCAAGAAGGUGAUGAACUUGUUAUUGAGGAUGAGGAGGGCAAUGUCAUUGACACUGUCGAUACCUCCAAUAUGACCGAGGAACAAAAAGCUCAGAGGAUUGAAAAGGCGCGGAAUCGUCUCAGGAAGGACACCAGUGGCGAAUAUACCAAGCACAAGGGCGAGCCACACCCCAAAGACGAAGGCUCAGAGAUAGAAGAGGAGAUUGAGACCGCCCUUGAACAGCCAACGAAAACCCUCAAAAGCCGGUUCGAUCAGUGGAAGGGCUUCGGCCGGAAGAAGGAAGACGAAGCGGAAAGCUCAGAGCAGCCCAGGAAACCCGAAAGAAAGAGGGGUCCUGCACACGCGUAUCAGUUCGGAAACACCAUUAUUGUCGAGGAUGAAGAUGGCGAGGUUAUCAAGUCUUACACUAUUCCUUCUGAAGGAGGUGGGUCCAGACAACAAUAUCGUGAGGGACUUCGGCGGAUGAGCACUUGGGUUGGUCUCGGUAAACAGGCGGUUGGAGCGGAACCUGCCAAUACUACCGUCGAAGGAGAGACUGAUGGUACCGCAGAAGCGGACACAACUACAAAGAAUAUCCCUAACCGCAACGGGCCAGAUGGCCUGACAGAUGAUGGCCUCAGGAUGAUUAUAUCCAGGAGUGAGCAGUACGGCUUGACCGGUCUCCAGAAAAAGACACGGGAUGCACCGGGUACCAUCGCCCUUGGAUCGGGGCGACGCCUUUCGACUGCAGACUUUAUCAAACAAAUGCAGCAAAUGGACGCAAAAAGCAGAAUGCAUGAGGUAGAUCAAAGUGAUGCUCCUGAAGAGUUGAAGCGCGAGGUGAAAAAGGCAACUGAAAAUCAACGACCUGGUGCUCGCUCUGCAGGAUCCAAAACAGGUUCAACAUUGCAAGUACCCGGAUCACACGAUGCCCCAAGACCUCGCAGCAACAGUCCAACAAAUGCAGAUGACUAUUUCAGUGUCAGUAGAAGACCUCGGCCUCACCGGCUAACCAGCAACGAUCGCACUUCGACACUGGAAGAAGAAAGCGACGAGGAUGAAACACCUGAUAUUCCAACCCAUAAUGUUCGAACUAGUCUUGCCAAACACGCACAAGGCCAGACAGCUGCAGCUGCGCGAAGACGCCAGUUGGAGACUAUUCAGUCCAACGAAGACGAUGAUAAUGGGAAUCAGGGAGAGACAGCUGCGGAAAAACGUCGACGAUUGGCUGCCUUGGGUAUUGGUGGAGAUGAUGGGUCCAGCGAAAGUGACGAUGAUGAUCGACCGCGAAGUCAUGCAGCGGCAGUUCCUGAACCCGGUCAAGAGGGUCCAUCGCAACCAAGAGCUCGAAUUCAAUGGGGCGGUGAGAAGGGCAGAGAGAGGCAGCAAGAGCAGCCGGUAGAGGUCAAGAAGGAGGAAGAAGACAUCUAUGCUGGCGAUCCAAUUGUGGGCGCUGCUCGCAAGUUGAGAGGGAUGUUCAACAAGAAUAAGGCUGCCAAGUCUGCAGCGGCAUCGGCAGGAUCAUGA